AUGCGAUUCCCCUGUAUUCUUACCCCCAGUGGCCUGUGUAAACACAGCACGUUUUCUAUUUUUCGCGAGUAUUCGUCCGAUGUUUCGUGGGCGGGUGAACGGGUGUCAACACGGCGCUUCAGCUUGGUGAGGGGAAGACGAAGCUCACGAGAGCUGCGCUUAGGGUGUGAUGGAGAGUUGCGCUACUUCAUACCUUCUUACGCUGGCUUGCACGCACCGCGAAAUGUCUCCCAGAAAGCGCCCGCCUUACGACAGCAACACGCGACUACUUGGGACGUCAAAAUUAUACCAUAGAGCUUAUGCGCUAGGCCAGGCGACUACGAGCCCAAAGGUUUGAGCAGCUAGGACAGGUUGUUGUGAUGUCGCAGGUCAAAGGCUGGUACUGGCAUUGGGAGAAUUAGGCGGCCUUUAACUCCGACCACCUUCAGCCAUCAUCGCCAAGCGGCGCUGCAAGUCGCCCUCUGUCGUCACCUCAUUUUCCAGUACAAUCCGCAUGACAGCUUCAUGCAUGCAGCACCUCUGACUCACUCUCAAUAUAGUAUUCUCACAU